AUGCCCACGCUGCUCGUCGCCCCUCUCCACCACCAGGAAUCAUUAAGUUCACCCGAUCCAGCGCAUCGCAUCUGCAACCGAAGCAUUGCUACAGGUGAUUUAAACUUCACAUCAACUGAACCAGCAGCCCAACCAACUGAACAUGUUAGCACUAUUGAUAUUGAUGCUCAUGAUUCUCACCGUAAUCCUUUCCUUGCAAAUGUGGAUGAUCACAUGCCAUCUAGUGGACCCAUAGACAUAGAUGAGAUAGAAACACCAUCUUCAUCUUGCUCUAAAAAUCUUGAAAAUAGGAUUGGGAAGAAAAGAAAACUCAGUAUUGCUAGAGUUUUACAAAACUAUGUGGACAUUAGGGCAAAUGAAACAAAUAUAUUUAUGAAUGAACUCAAUGAGACAACUAAGGAAGCAGGUGACUAUUCUAUCAAGAGGUGUCUGGAUCUUCUAGAAUCAAUUGAAGAACUUUCAGAUGAGGAAAAGGCGCAAGCAACAAAUGUGCUGAAGUGUGAGGUCAACAGAGAAAUUUUCAUGAACUUCAAGAUUCCAAAGGUUCGUUUGUUAUGGGUCAAAGGCAAAAUCGCUCCCAAGGUCUAAUCUACAUUGUAUCGUGGUUGCUGGUGGUGUUUACAAGCUGAUGGCUGCAGAUGGUGCUUACAUUUUUGGCUUCUUUGUAUCUGGUUUUGAGACAUUGUAGUGAAGGUUGACAUGAGAAACUCUUGUAUGAACUUUGGAAUGGUUAUCUUUGGAGUGCCUUGUGACAAUUUACCUUUUUAUGUACUUCGGAUCUGUAUGGAAUAUUUUUCUUUGAUGCAUGUACUUCGGAUUUGUAUGAAUAUUUUUAUCCUUGCUAAUAAUUUU